GCACUUCGGCCAAGCAUGCCCAAUGGUUCAUGAAGGAGUCACAGAAGCUGCUCUUCAAGAUGAUGGCAGAUCCCAACUCCAAGCACUUCAAGUCAAAAGUCCUGGCGCUUGUCAGCGGCGGGGAAUCGGGCGAAGAUCCUGGUCGUGGGC